AUGGUAAUCCUUAAAGAAGACAAUGUCCCAGUUCUGCAAUGGCCUUUGGGACGCAUCAUCAAAGUUUACAAAGGCGAAGAUGGGUUAGUGAGAGUUUGUGACAUUCAAACAAAAAAGGGAGUAUUUAAAAGACCGGUGCAUAGAUUAGCUCCAUUAUUUCCUGAAGACGAUAAAUUAGAAGAUCCAACCUUUGGAAAAAUGACUGAAAGAAAAAUCGAAUCAGAACAGACUCAAGAAACUCCAAGGUCACCUCCCGUGUCGCUUAUCGUAAAAAUUCCAUUAAAUCGCAUCAGAAAACCUGAAUCAUUAGUCAAUGGGUUAACUCCAACAAAACGAUCAUGUCUGAACCCCGGGUUGCUGCUCACCAUUAUUACUCUACUCAUUUUGCCACUUGCACUAUGUAGUCCCAUCAAUAUAACAAACUUCAACAACAAACCUGGCAUUUAUUUUGAGCAGCUUAAACCAGUCAAAAUCAUGUCUGCUGAUUGGAAAAUGAUUGUAUAUUUUGACCUUUCCCCAUACCAACAACAAAUGAGCAUUUUAGCUGAUGGAACAAAAAGGUUGAACAAUUUAUGCGACAAGGCAUUGGAUAACACUGCUUGCAAGGUAUUACUCAACUAUUUUGACCGUAUAACGGAGGAACUGCAAAUGGAACUUAAUCUUCUUUCUGUUAAAAAAAGAAUAACAAGAGGAGCUAUAGACAUUGUCGGAAAUUUUGCAAAUUCAUUGUUUGGUGUCCUCGACUCAAACUACGCGGCACAAAUGUCAAGCACAAUAAAUGGUCUUAAAAGGAACGACAAUCACCUGGAACAACUCGUUAAAAACCAAACGUCACUUGUUGAUUCAACUAUCAAUAUCUUUAAGAAGAACCAAUUAAACAUGCAUGACAAAUUUGAAGAAAUUGAAAAGCGCAUCAAUAACUUGUUGUAUACAGAUGAGUCAAUAAACGACAUACAUGUAACACAAAACAUGCUUAUGUUGUCAAUGCAAAUGCUCAUGAUGGUAUCCAACCUGCAAAGAGUUCACUCAUCAAUUAUGGACGUACUAAUCGACAGUCAUCACGAUAAAAUAAAUCCUCUUCUGCUGACUCCACAACAGCUUAAAUUUCUAGCCAUCAGUCCGCAUCAUGAUGAAUUUCGACCAAUGACACAGCAUCAAGUGGACGCAUGCAUAUCGAUAAGUGACGAAGAGUUAUUAUGUCCAAACAUACAAGCAACAUUUCAUGACUCGUCAAACGUCAAUAAUUGUGAAAUUGACUUAUUUAACAAUCAAGCUAAACCAAGAUGCGAUAUGUAUCAGCUCAAGGACACAACUGUAUGGUAUCAACUAAAUCAUCCGAAUCAAUGGAUUUACGCAACCAUAAAUAACAUCAAAAUGAAUGCAGUAUGCAACAAGAAAGCAUUUCAAUUAACUUUAGUGGGCAGUAGUUUGAUUAAAUUAGAACCUGAAUGCAUCAUCAAAAAUGAACACAUUACGAUUCAAGGUCAUCAAAAAAUGGUUACUUCAAUGCAGGCAUCGAUCACCAGAUUGAACCUAUCUGUAGGAUGGACAAAACAAUAUGCGAGCAAUAACAUCAGCGUCAAACCAUUGUCACCCACAAUCCAUGAGCUUGAACUUAUUCAACGAAAAUUAGGCCACAUCCAGAGUUCCAGUUUUCCAACUGAUGCUAUUAGUCCAGGGACACAUAGUCUAAUAACCAGCUACGUUGCAUUAGCAAUGUUUCUAUGUGUCGCUAGUGCACUAUUAUAUAUAUGGCGAAGGCAAAAAAUCACCUAUCAAACACCUCCAAUACCGAUGCCACGACAUCAGCAGAUGACCGAGGAUACAGCAUGUUGA